GGUAAAACCAGCUUGGGGGUUGGCCGUGAGUCAACACGAUAGCAAUAUAUAUAAUAUUACCUCAUAAAGAUUAUCCUAUAUCGGUUCUCGAUCAUAAUCUCGUACAUUUAAAAACACCUUACGGGUUUUAGUUGAAAAAAUAUUUUUAGUCUACCCUCGAAUAAAAAAUAUUUAUUUUCUAUUUUUAGACCACGAAAAUAUUGUUGAAGAUGCCCCGGUGACUGAAAAUAACGAAGAAUUGGAAAUGUCUGUCCCUCAGUCGAAUGAAGAACCGCCACCGCCACCUCAAGCGGAGGCAGGUGAUAUUGAGACAGCUCCUGUUCUGGACGCGGAGUUACUGACAGCUCUUGGGGAGGCCACGGACGAUGUUCCAAAAUAUGGCGAAAAUAUCCAUCCCGACUUGGCGCAAAGAUGGUUACCCAUAUUACGCAAAGGUAUGGACAAAGAAGCCAAGGACAAGCUCAUAAAAGAGUACAUUAUACCAGAAAACUGUAAACUAUUCAGAGCACCGUCCUUAAAUGCCGAGAUUUCUGCGGCAGUUACAGACAUAGCAAGAGGUCGCGACAAGAAAAUUGAAGCAGAACAACAGCAGUUAGGUGUUGGAUUAUCUGCUAUAAACAGAGCCAUGACCUUACUUCUAACGACCGAGGAUAAACAAAGUAAGGUACAAGCGAUAAAAAUUCUAUCUGACGGAUGUCGGAUUUUGUCUGACCUACAUUACUCAGAAUCACAGGCCAGAGUAAAACUGGUCACUCCAGGAUUAGACAAAGUUUUUCUCAAUCUGAUUCAAGAUGUCGAGAGAGACGAGACCCUCUUCGGCAGUAAGCUCUCAGAAAAGAUUAAGGCAUCAAAGGCGAUCGAAAAACAAAGCUCUCAGAUCAAAAAGACAGUCACGACCACAGCCAGUUCAAGCACAUCUCAGACUGCAGGUCAAUCGUACGCUCGGUACCGGGGAAACUGGACGAGGCCCGCUCGCUUCCAACCGACGAGCCGACGGGGGCGCGGCGGGCCACGCUGGAGCGCGCCGGCAGCUUACAGACCGGCAGCGCCGACCCCCGCGCAGCCACAGCCCAAGACAGCUUACACCAGGCCACGUGCGCCAGCGCGACAGUAA